CACCAUGAACACGCCGCCAUGAGAAGAGGAUCCACUCCAUUCUAUACACAUCGCUAGCACGUUCCUUUAAUUCGUGCGACUUCGACUUAGUUUUUACCAUUCCAAGUGUGAGGUCAGUGUGUGGAGAUAACCAGGUUUCGCUGAAGCAGGAGGGUGCUGUAAAUGUAAUGGAGAUGAUGAAGCAGAUGGAAAUGCCUCCGCCACCGCCGCCGCCGCCGCCGCCUCUUCUGCUACCGCUGGGUGGAUCUAGCGCUUGGUUCAGAAGGACGAAGCCACUAGCGGUGUUCAUUUUGUUCACCUUCGUGCUGCUCCUCACUGUGCUCACGGGAGCCCACAGAGGACAAUCUUUCGAUGCCCUCCUCUCGAGACCGGCGGAAGUUUCGGAAGGAGUCUCCAGUAUUGUUUGUACUUCGAAUUCUUCCGCUGAGGAACCUCCAAUAGACAAGUCACAUGGUGGUUUGCUCUCCCUUGCAUUUGACGAAGCCUCUUGCCGAAGCCGCUUCGAGUCUUGGAAACUGUGGAAGUCAUCAAACUACACCACUUCUCCAUAUCUCUUACAGAAGCUACGAAGCUAUGAAGAUCUCCACAAAAAAUGUGGCCCAAACACUAGGCUUUACAACAAGAGCAUAGAGCAAUUGGUGUCCAAUCGCAGCACGGGGCCGAUGGAAUGCAACUAUGUGGUUUGGAUGCCAUCUGAUGGCUUAGGCAACAGGAUCAUUAGCAUUACCUCAGCUUUCCUCUAUGCUCUCCUCAAUGACAAGGUUCUUCUGUUGUUCCUUUCAGAAGACAUGAAUGGCCUCUUCUGUGAGCCAUUUCCUGACACAACUUGGGCACUACCUUCCAAUUUCCCAAUUAAGAACAUCCGAUCGAUCUGGAGCUUCAACAAAGAUCCAAAUCGAUAUGGAAGCAUGCUGAAGAAACAUUUACUUAGCAAUGACAUGAGAAUUUCCAGCGGUUCAUUUUCCCUGCCGCCUUAUCUCUAUCUUCACCUCGUACACGACAAUGAUGACUACGAUAAGAUGUUCUACUGCGAAGAAACUCAGCUUCUACUUCAAAAUUUCCCCUGGAUAUUGCUGAGAUCGAAUCAAUAUUUCGUGCCAGCUUUGUUCCUCGUGCCUAAAUUUGAGAAGGAACUAAGCUUACUCUUCCCUCAGAGAAUGACCGUCUUCCAUCUCUUGGGAAGAUACCUGUUCCACCCAUCCAACUCGGUUUGGGGUUACAUAACAAGGUACUAUGAAGCAUAUCUAGCAAAUGCAAAGGAAAGGUUAGGGAUGCAGAUCAGACUUCUUGGAGAGGUCGAUUUCAACAGUCACUCCAGUUAUAUAAUCGAUUGUGCGCUGACUAAGAAGCUAUUACCCAGUCUUGAUACAAAAGACGUUGCUCUCUCAAACCUCACUGGAAUGAAUCCAAAAGCUGUUCUAGUGGCAAGUUUGAGCAGUGGCUACUUCGAAAGGCUAAGGGACAUGUACUAUGAGCAUGCGGCGGUGACCAGAGAGGUAAUUGGCGUGUACCAACCGAGCCACGAAGAGCGACAGCACACCGAAAAGCUCAGUCACAACAUGAAGGCUCUUGCAGAGAUAUAUCUUUUGAGCUUCAGCGACUCACUGAUUACUAGUCCAUUUUCUACCUUUGGUUAUGUGGCACAAGGUCUCGGUGGUAUAAGACCGUGGCUGCUGGUAAGGCAUGAUAACAAUCUUUGCCUGCAAUCCUUGACGAUGGAACCUUGCUUCCACUUCCCUCCAUCUUUUGAGUGCAAAUCAAGAAGUAGAAUGGACCUCGGAGCAGUAGUUCCAUAUUUGAGGCACUGCGAAGACUUUCCAAAUGGAAUAAAAUUGUUCUAAGAUACUAAGACCAGUUACUAUAGUGCAUGCUUUAUAUCGACAUCCUGAACACUAGGCAUACUCUUGUACCUUUAAAUAUUAUACUUUCGCAUAAUUUUAUAUAAAGAUUUCUUUUCCUUGUUC